AUGUACGCACGGGGGCUGCUGGGGCUGGCGCUGCUGCUGCUGACCUCGGUGCCGGCCGGUCACCUCGCACCGCCGGCUGGCCCCCUGGCCCUGCGGAGCAGUUUGGGUGGUCCCAGUUUGUGCCAGCUGUCCCGGACAGAGUCGGAGCUCAGGUGCCGUGUCCCAGGAGGGAAGCUGUGCAAUGACAGAGGCAGAUGUGAGUGUGGAGUCUGCAUCUGCCAAGUGACUGAGUCUGGCAAAUACUACGGUCCACUCUGUGAGUGCCACGACUGGGUCUGCGAGACCUAUGAUGGGAAGAUCUGUGCUGGCCAUGGAAAGUGUGACUGUGGGAAGUGCAAAUGCGAUGAAGGCUGGUAUGGUGAAGUUUGUCAGUAUCCAACUACUUGCAAUCUUACACGGAGAAAAAGCAAUGAAAUGUGCAAGAAUUCUCAAGAUAUCAUCUGUUCUGGUGCAGGCACGUGUCAGUGUGGCAGGUGUAAAUGUGCAAACUCAGAAGGAAAUGGACUGGUGUAUGGCAAAUUUUGUGAGUGUGAUGACAGAGAAUGCAUAGAUGAUGAAACAGGAGAGUUUUGUACAGGCCAUGGAAAGUGUUACUGUGGAAACUGUUACUGUGAGGCUGGUUGGCAUGGAGAUAAAUGUGAAUUCCAGUGUGACAUCACCCCCUGGGAGAUCAAGAAAAGAUGCACAUCUCCAGAUGGCAAAAUCUGCAGCAACAGAGGCACAUGCGUAUGUGGGGAAUGCACAUGCCAUGAUGUAGACCCAACUGGUGACUGGGGAGAUAUUCAUGGAGAUACCUGUGAGUGUGAUGAAAGAAACUGCAAAGCAGUGUAUGAUAGAUAUUCUGAUGACUUCUGCUCAGGUCAUGGACAGUGUAAUUGUGGAAGAUGUGACUGUAAAGAAGGAUGGACUGGGAAAAAGUGUGAGCAUCCACGUUCUUGUCCUUUGUCAGUUGAGGAAAGUGCUAUGAAAUGCCAAGGAAAUUCUAAUUUACUUUGCUCUGGAAGAGGGAGAUGUGAAUGUGGCCAAUGCACUUGUUUCCCUCCAGGAGACAACAGAGUUCAUGGCAAAAACUGUGAAUGUGAUGAUCGACAGUGUGAAAAUGCAGAAGGAGAUGUCUGUGGGGGCCAUGGUAUCUGCUCAUGCGGCCGAUGCGUUUGCCAGGACGGGUGGUUUGGAAACCUGUGCCAGCACUCCAGGAAGUGCAACAUGACGGAGCAGGAGAGCAGAAGUCUCUGCGAGUCAGCGGAUGGCAUAUUGUGCUCGGGGAAGGGUUCCUGCCACUGUGGAAAGUGCAUCUGUUCUCCCCAGGAAUGGUACAUUUCAGGCGAUUUCUGUGAAUGCGAUGACAGAGACUGUGACAAACAUGAUGGUCUCAUUUGCACAGGCAAUGGUGUUUGUAGCUGUGGAAACUGUGAGUGCUGGGAAGGAUGGACUGGAAAUGCUUGUGAAAUCUGGCUGGGAAGAGAAUACCCUUAAUGAAGGAUGCCAAAAGACUCAGGAGGGUUUUUUGUUUGUUUUUCUUUAGGCUGCUAGAACAUUUAAUUUCAGAAGUGCUCAGUGUGUGGGCGUGGGUGUGCACGUAAGCACAUGUACAUGGCUGUAAGUACAUUAGAACACAUUUGAGGACCUGCUCCUAAAAGAAAUGCAUCAAAAAAACUAAAAAAGGGAGCAGGACAAUCCCAGCUCUAGAAGGUGAAGUCAUAAAAUACUGGCCCUGUGGAACUUCUCCAGAGGUUUUUUUUGUAAAUUCAGUGGAACUGAGAUUAUAUCUCUAAUGCCUGUUUCUUUAAGCAACCUUUGGAAAAGGUAUAAGAAAGCCUUUUUUAAUAUUAUUUACUUGGUCAUCAUCUCUCCUUAUCAAUCUGCAACAAUACCCCUGUAGAGGAGUAACACUAGCUGAAUAUUUGUCAAAUAACUAGUUUGAUUAAUUUUAUGGUGUUGGAAAAAUAUAUUAUUUGACCUAUCUUUCUUUCUAACAAUCCUAAUCAUGCACCAGCUCAUAAAUUGAAAGAAACUGUAAAGAAGCCUAUAAAAAUAUUAGUGAUUUUUUGUUUGGUCAUAUAAUUGUCUGAUAUCCAAUUACAUGACAGCCAUAAACUGAAGACCCAAAAUGUUUGAAUAGACCCUUUUCCUCAAAAGAACUUCUUAGUUUCUGUGGUUAAUGUGUCAAUAAGUUGGUUAUCUAAUCUACAUACUACAAUACUUUCAAAUACAUAACCUAUAGGAACAUAAGGAAUGAAAUUAAUAAAGAUAUAAAUGUAUGAUUGUCUAUUCUGAAUAUGUAUUCUGAACUCAUGUACUUCUAUCACACUGUUCAAUGUAGGUACAGUUGCCUUUUAAAAGUAAAGUAAAUGAAAAUUUGUUAUAUUGAAAAUGAAAAUACGUCACGUUGAGGAUGAAAAUUCU